AUUCGAUGAGAACUCUCCACUCCCUGCAGUUUGUUUAGCCCUCGGCCCAUCCCACCCUCAGGCACUUUCUCUCUCUCCUCUGUGUUUUGUUUGGCCAGUACAAUGACUGUGGGGAACAUGGAGAGUGCCCAGCUGUUUGAUGCCGGGAAGAAAGGUCGAGGCCUGAGAGCCACCAAAGACCUCAAAGCUGGGGAAGUGGUCUUUGCCGAACCCAGUUACUCUGCUGUGGUCUUCGACAGCUUGGCCUCUCAGGUGUGUCACAGCUGUUUCCGCCGUCAGGCAAAACUGCAUCGCUGCGUCCAGUGCAAAUUCGCCCACUAUUGUGACCGCACCUGCCAGACUGCAUGCUGGGACGAACAUAAGCGGGAGUGUGGAGCCAUCAGGAAGUUGAACUUCUUUGCACCCAGUGAGAACAUUCGUCUGGCUGGCCGUCUGCUGUGGCGCAUACACAAGGACACAGGCAUCGUGUCAGACAGUCAGCUGGUCUCAGUGGACCAGCUGGAGGACCAUGUUGCCGACCUGUCCGAAGACGACGUCAAGAACCUCCAUGCUGACGUGCACGCUUUUCAGGAAUACUGGUCUUAUGGAAGCAAAAAGCACUCUGUCGACUACAUCUCACGCAUCUUUGGCAUUAUCAAGUGUAAUGGAUUCACUCUGAGUGAUCAGAGAGGCCUGCAGGCCGUUGGUGUGGGUCUGUUCCCCAACCUGUGUCUGGUCAACCAUGACUGCUGGCCCAACUGCACAAUCAGCCUCAACCAUGGCAACCAGUCAGCUGUGAGUUCUUCUCUCCACUCUCAGAGGAGGAUUGAGCUGCGAGCUCUGGGUAAAAUCCCCGAGGGCGAGGAGCUGACCGUCAGCUACGUGGACUUCCUCAACCUGUCUGCUGAUCGCCAGAAGAAGCUGAAGGAGCGUUUCUACUUUGACUGCACCUGCGAGCACUGCAGCCAGCACAUCAAGGACGACCUGAUGAAGGCUGCCGCAGAGGGCGAGGGCAGCAAACCUUCUGCUGAUAAAGUGAAAGACGUGGUUGCCUUCAGUAAAGAGUGUCUGGAAAAGAUUGAGAAUUCUCGCGUUGAGGGGGAUUAUCAAGAGGUGGUGAAGUUGUGUCAGGAGUGUUUGGGGAAGCAGGAACACGUCCUGGCUGACACUAACCUGUGUAGACUGCGUGUGCUCAGCAUUGCCAGUGAGGUGUUUUCAUACAUGAAGGACUUCUCUGAGGCUGCUGCCCUCGUCCACAAGAUGGUGGACGGAUACAAGAAGUUGUACCACCCCAACAAUGCCCAGCUGGGUAUGGCCAUCAUGCGUGCAGGCGUCACACACUGGCAUGGGGGGCAGAUUGAGACGGGCCACAGCAUGAUCUGCAAGGCCUACCGUAUCCUGAUGGUCACCCACGGACCCAACCACGCCAUGACCAGAGACCUGGAGGUCAUGCGCACGCAGACUGAAAUGGAGCUGAAGAUGUAUCUGAAGGAUAAAGAGGCGUACCACAACAUGAGGGAAGCCGUUCUGCAUUAAGUAACCCAUGAAAGCAUCAAAGGCCUCUUCCGCCAGCGAUAAUCACCUUCACCGCCGCUGCUCCAAUCAGAACACACCCUGCUGAUGUUCUGACGCACGGCUAGCUUAGCAUCGACAUGUACAUACUUUGUACUGUAUGUACUCUAAAGCACUGCACCCAGUCCCUGUGCUGAGAUUGUGAAUGUCCAAUAUGUCAAUAUAUGACGACGCAGACUGUUCUGUUAAAACCAACAUGUGCUGAUGUAUCACAACGUGUUGCAUGUACAGUAUCUACAAUAAAAGUGGAGAUACAUGA